ACGCCCAUGCGUGAAGGGGUGCGGCUGCGCAGCCGAGUGGGUUGCCUGGAGCCCCUCCCCUCCGCUCUGUACCCCGCCGGGCGGGGACCGCGGACAAGCUCAAGGCUGGGAGCAGUUCCAGGAGGACCCUGGUCUGAACCUCCGGUUGCCAGGUAGGUGGAUGUGAGAGGCCCGAUCCUCCUGGUUCUCUGGAGGCCAUCCUGUCGCCGCUGGCACCAUGCUGUCCCCUCAGAGGGCUUUACUCUGCAACCUCAACCACAUCCACCUCCAGCACGUCUCUCUGGGCCUGCACUUGUCCCGCCGUCCCGAGCUACGGGAGGGGCCCUUGAGCACACCCCCUCCUCCAGGAGACACUGGGGGCAAGGACAGCAGGGGCCCUUGCAGCGGGACUGUGGUGGACGCCAAUUCCAACAGCUCAGCCGUGCCCUGCCGAUGCUGCCGAGAGCAUGGGCCAGGCCUAGAAAACCGGCAGGACCCAUCACAGGAGGAAGAGGGGGCUGCCUCUCCUUCGGACCCGGGCUGCUCCUCCUCUCUCAGCUCUUGUUCAGAUCUCAGCCCAGAUGAUUCCCCCAUCUCAGUCUACUCUCGGGACCUCCCUGGCGAUGAGGAUGCACACCCUCAGCCAAGCAUUAUCCCCCUGGAGCAGGGCUCCCCAAUGGCUUCAGCAGGCCCUGGUACCUGCUCCCCGGACAGCUUCUGCUGCUCUCCUGAUUCUUGCUCCGGAGCUUCUUCCCCACCGGGUCCUGGCCUGGAUUCGAACUGCAACAGUCUGACCACCUGCCAGGGCCUCCCUUCCCUAGGUCUGGAGGAAGAGGACGAGAGUGGGGAGCAAGAUCUUCCUACCUCCGAGCUUUCAGAGGCAGAUGAUGGGAAAAUCGACGCUGGGAAAACAGAGCCCAGUUGGAAAAUUAAUCCCAUUUGGAAAAUUGACACAGAGAAAACUGAAGCUGGAUGGAAAAUCACUGAGAACAAUAACUCUGGUUGGAAAAUCAACGGAAAUACAAACUCUAGCUGGAAAACUGAACCUGGAAAAUUCGACUCUGGUUGGAAAACCAACACAGGAAUAACUGAUUCUGGGUCGAAAACGGAUGCAGGGAAAACUGAUGGAGGAUGGAGAAAUGACGUCAGCGAAGAGCCGGUACCCCACCGGACAAUCACGUCCUUCCAUGAGCUGGCCCAGAAGCGCAAGCGGGGCCCAGGGCUGCCCCUCGUGCCACAGGCCAAGAAAGAUCGCAGCGACUGGCUCAUAGUCUUCUCGCCCGACACUGAGCUGCCCCCCAUCGGGUCGCUGGGCGGCUCCUCCGCACCUCCCCGGGAAGUCACCACCUUCAAGGAACUCCGGUCCCGAAGCCGGGCCCCGCCUCCGCCCGUCCCACCUCGGGAUCCCCCAGCUGGCUGGGCCUUGGUCCCGCCGCGGCCCCCACCCCCACCUGUCCCUCCCCGGAGGAAGAAGAACCGACCUGGGCUGCAGCCCAUAGCGGAGGGGCAGCCAGAGGAGGGCAGGGCGCUCAGCCCCGUGGCUGGCGAGGAAGCCCCAGCCGCUAAGGAGCCGGAGAAGCCUGGCGCGCAGGCGAGCCUAGAGGUCCGUAGUUCCUGGUCAUUCGCCGGUGUCCCCGGGGCCCAGCGGCUGUGGAUGGCAGAAGCCCAGAGUGGGACUGGCCAGCUGCAGGAGCAGAAAAAAGGUCUCCUGAUAGCCGUCAGCUCCUCAGUGGAUAAAAUCAUCUCGCACUUCGGGGCCGCCCGGAACUUGGUUCAGAAGGCCCAGUUGGGGGAUAGCCGGCUGAGCCCGGACGUGGGGCACCUGGUGCUGACCACCCUCUGCCCCGCCCUCCACGCCCUGGUGGCGGACGGGCUGAAGCCUUUCCGGAAGGACCUUAUCACUGGGCAGCGCAGGAGCAGCCCCUGGAGCGUGGUGGAGGCCUCAGUGAAGCCAGGCUCCAGCACCCGUUCCCUGGGAACCCUGUACAGCCAGGUCAGCCGUCUGGCCCCGCUGAGCAGCAGCCGAAGCCGCUUCCAUGCCUUCAUCCUGGGCCUCCUCAACACUAAGCAGUUGGAGCUGUGGUUUUCCAGUCUUCAGGAAGAUGCAGGCCUGCUGUCCCUCCUGUACCUGCCCACAGGAUUCUUUUCCAUGGCGCAGGGUGGCUGCCCCUCCCUGUCCACAGAGCUGUUGCUCCUGCUGCAGCCAUUGUCGGUGCUCACCUUCCACCUGGACCUGCUCUUUGAGCACCACCAUCAUCUGCCCUUGGGCCCGCCUCAGGCCCCUGCCCCUGCAGGCCCAACUCCAGCCCUGCAGCAGACUGUGCAAGCCAUGCUGCAUUGGGGGGGUCGGUUGGCCCAGAGCCUUCGGGGAGCUUCUGGGGAGGUGGCUCCUGACCCUUCAGCCUCCCCAAGUCCUCCCACACCAGGCAGCUGGUGGGAGCAGCUGACCCAGGCCUCCCGGGUCUAUGCCUCUGGAGGCACCGAGGGCUUCCCUCUUCCCCGGUGGGGACCCAGGCAUCACGGGACUGCAACUGAGGGUGCACAGGAGAGACUCCUGCCCACAGAAGAAGCAACACCAGGCAGAGGUGUGUGGCUGGGGAGACUGUUUGGAGUGCCUGGAGGCCCCACAGAAACUGAGGGUGGAGCUGUAAAAUCCAGGAGACCAUCCAGCUGGCUGCCCCCGACAGUGAAUGUGUUGGCUCUGGUAAAGUGGGGAGCACCUCCUGAGACUCCUCCUGAGGAGCUUGAGGCCUCAGCACCCAGCAUGGUGCAGACCCACAGGGCGGUUCGGGCUCUCUGUGACCACACUGCUGCAGGACCUGACCAGUUGAGCUUCCGGCGUGGGGAUGUGCUGCGUGUCAUUGCCACAGUGGAUGAGGACUGGCUCCGCUGUGGGCGGGAUGGCGUGGAGGGGCUGGUUCCUGUGGGGUAUACCUCCCUUGUUCUCUAGCCCUGGAACCCUUUCGUUUCCUGCGGGUCUCCCCUCCUGUCACCUGGGAAUGAAAUGGCCUGUGAACACUAAUCCUUGUAAACUGACCAUCCCAGAAGCAUUUUACCUAUCUGCAAAAUGACAUAUCUUCCCAUAUCCAUUUCUGCUAAUAUUUAAAAUAAACUUUCCUUCUUCCCUCCCAUGCCCAUCUGUAGGGUGAAAUCUGCUCUUCUUCCAAAUAUAUAAAAAGGAAUUCCCCUCCAUGUCCCUUUCUUCUUUCCCAUCCAUAUAAGGGAACAUCUCCCUUCCUAUCUGCAAAUGGAAAUCUAGCCCUCUACUUUCUUCAUCCAUCAGUGGACUGUGCCAGUACAGUAUAUGCCUUGACCCCCAAGCCUAGAAGGACUUCUAGUUUCCUUCCUGUUUGUGGAAUCUUCCCCAUUCCAAUCGCACGUUGCCUGUAUUUAUGAUGUACUCAUGCUGUACUAGGUGCUGAAGACCGAACACCCCUGGUGGGUGGGCCUGUGGUGUUGGUCUGCCUCCUUCCUUCUUUGUCCCAAUAAAGAAUAGGAGUUGAA